UAAAGUGCGUCCUAUUUAUAAGAAAGCAUUCGUAUUACCAUUAUUCACCAUUGUGAUUAAUUUGAGUGAAUCCAUCAUGGGAAACGUUCCCAGUAGCAACAAUUACUCUGAAAGUUUUCCCCUGGACAAUUAUUCAGAGGUUCUUUUUCGUAAAACCAGGAACCGCAAAUUGUCUGAAGUUAUAAACAAUUGGAGUGCAGAAUACUGUUUAUUUGGAAGGACAAGCUGUGAACUCGAGCUCACCAAAAUCACACGCAAUAAUCAUGAUGAAGAGGUAUUCAUCGUAAUUCAUGACCACACAUCAAGCCAUGCAAAGGGCGAUUUUGAUUUUAAGAUAAACAUCACUGUCGAAAAUGGUCUUCUGUUGGCAAAUGUUUCUCUGGACGGACCUAGAAGCACACAGCAACUUCCGGAGAGAAAAGUCCCUGUGGCACAAGGUGGGGUUCUGAAGUCCUCCUUCUUCUUAUACGGAGGCGACACUGAUCGAAAGGGUCUUGUUAUCCUUUUAAGGGAAAAGAGAUGUGAUGAUGAUGAAGAGCUUCCUUACAUUAUCACAGUGAAGCACUGUUUCGUAGCUUCGUGUAGUUCUCAUGGUGUCUCUGUUGUGGCAAAGAUUCGCAGUAACGGCGGUGAUGGGGAUUUGAGUGUCGAGAUUGAAAAACCUCGGAAACAUCCGAAAGGGGAGUUGUUGAAGAUGUUUGAUGAUGUCAAGGGAAAGGAGAUGGAGUUUGGGAACCAAAACAAUGGCAAUGUUCCGGUCAUGAACAUGAGCGGUCAGCAAAACAUCUCUGCGGUUUUAAGCGCCGCUGGAUACACUAAAGGCGAUUAUAACAAUGCUAUCAUAUUUCGCGGAUGUAAAUUUAGGUUGAAGAAGAGGAAGUGAAAGAGUGUUAUUCUCAAAAUAACAAUCUUUCAAUCAUGAUUCCAGUCGCUCAGCGCUAAUUCCUGAGGCUUAGCGCCCUGACCUUUUUUUUAUUUUGUUUUAAAGGUUUUUUUUUUUUUCUGUUCCUUGUAUAUCUGUAUCUCUUCUUCUCUUGUACAUACGCUUUUCCACAUGCAGAAAUAAAAUUUUCAGCUUUCAUC